AAGAAUAGUAGAGAGUAGAGACACAGAAAAAAGCUUCAACAGCUUCUUUCUCUUUAACUCUCUUUGUUCUUAUUCUUCUUCUUCUUCACUCUUUCAUUUCUACUGUUUUUAAGUUCCUCCAAUUCCUCAGCUUUCCUCUAAUCAUCAAAAGGGAUUCAUCAGAGCUGAAGCAUGAAGAGAACAAAAGGGUGCCAGGACCUUCAUGGAAUGGAGCGUGAUGCCCAGAAUACUGCUAGACAGGCUGCCAAAGAACAGAAUAUCAGUAGCUUAUCAAAGGGAAUCGAUUCUCAAAGACUUCGAUCACUCGGAAAAAUGCCGCCAAAGCAUCCAUUUCCUUCAAAAGUUUCGUGUGCUUGUGAAGUGUUUUCCGAAUAUAACGUGGAUACUUUGAGAGAACAGAGGGAUAUUUUGAAAGAAGAAAUGGCUAGCUUGAUGAUCACACCUUCAUCAAAUUUAAAUGGUCAACAUCGACAAGAAGAAGAUGAAGAAUCACAUUCUCUUUUUUUUAUUGGAGAUCAACCAUACAGGAAUUAAGAUGAUGGUUCAAGGUGGUCGCUUCGUUGUAAUGUUAUCAUAAAUAACAUGUAGUUUGCUUUGAUUAG